GUCAAACGGCGAGCGCCUACUGAUCGUCACUGUGAAGGCCAGUCGUCCAGUCAUUACGAGGCGUCGGCAGCCCUACCGCCUGACAAAUCCUACUCACACUUCGCCAGUAGUUACGAAACGCUUCCACUUUUAGACAGCGAAGACACCGGCGAUGACCAGCGCUUUAACCGGUCCUCCAUUGGCAGCGGCGCCGAUGAUAUGGUUGUCGCCUAUAAGCCGACGAAGGAACAGGAGCUGAGGGAACGUGUGGUGAACGGCGACCCCAGCGAUGAGGACAUGGAUGAAGAGGACAACUACUUCGCUAUCACACAAAAGGUAGAGUUGGGUGCGAUGGCCGACAUGUUCUUCGGCGCCAUUGGUGUCAAACUGUUUUACGUGACGAUUGCUAUCUAUUUGUACGGAGAUUUGGCCAUAUAUGCGGCCGCCAUUAGUAAAUCGCUCCGGGAUGUUACCUGUUCAUAUGAACCGAAGAAUUGUACGGCCAGUCUAUCGCUGUCCGACCAGUGCUGGACAGGCAUGGAGUCCAUAAGCCGUCAAAACGCGUACCGCAUAUAUCUGGCCGUAACGCUGCUAUGUAUCGGUCCCUUCGCCUUCUUCAACGUUCAGAAAACAAAGUAUUUACAAAUGUUGACAACACUUCUCCGAUGGAUAGCCCUGUCGUCGGGCAAAGCCCGGGGCCGGCCCUCGUCAUUGUCCAUAUCGGGCGUCCCGAACCUCUUCGGGGUCUGUGUCUACUCAUUCAUGUGUCACCACUCGUUACCAUCGCUGGUCACUCCCAUUAACGACAAGCGCCGCAUAUUUUCA